GGAAGACAGAAGAGGAGGCUGAGGAACAUGGUCCCACUGAGGUUGGUCGCCUUCGGCGUGCUGGCUGCCGCUUGGUAUUUCACUCGCACUGCAGAGGGAGAGGUCAUUUAUUCCUGUUUCAAUGAAACCGCUAAGAUGUCAUGUGAUGUUGGCACUAAGAUAAAGCUGGAUCACAUCCUGUAUAAGGUUGGGGUAGGGACGAGGUGUGGGGAGGGAAAACCCUACCCAGAUGACGGGCCGGACACCUACUGCUCCUUCCCCUGGGCUGAAAUGGUGGUGGAGGAUCUCUGUGCUAACAGGAGGUCCUGUGAGGUCCCCGUCACUGAGCUGGUGUUUGGGGAAUAUCCCUGUAAGGAGCAGACCCGGUACCUGGAGGUGUCCUACACCUGCGCCAAACCCCCACCUCCUCCACCUCCACCUCCACCACCUCCUCCAACCAAACCUGACUGUGAAGACAAAUCAACCGAUGAAGCCUGA